AUGCAGGCCCAGACAACCCCGACCACCCCAGUCACCCCAAUCACUCCAAGCAUCAUGCCUUACCUAUCAUAUUCUCAAAGACUGGGGGACCAGCAUUUUCCCGCAAGCAUGCAAACUUCUUUGACAGUGCCGACGCCUCAAUACAGCUACCGCCAGGCAUCGGCUGCCCAGCAUUCACCAGUCUUGCUCAGCCCCCAUGAAGAUCUAGCCCCGAGGACCACAACUCUACUGUCAUAUCUGACACUACCAAUCCAACCAAUCAACAUAGUCCGCAACGUGAGUGUAGUGCCAACUCGUGGCUUACACGAUUACUUCUGGUGGGACAUCCGCAACCUGCGCAACUGGAGCUCAUUCUCACUGGCGGCAUUUGACUCUCUGGACAGCCGAUUAAUCCAGCUCUUGAAGACUGAAAUCCCAGCAGAGCUCACACCGCGCGUGGUCGUAUCUCCAGCAAGCCUAGCGCCAGAAUCCGAGCACGACCUAGUGUGUUUAAUCCGCGAUCUCUACGCACCACGCAUAAACGCCGCGCUAGCCGUCUCCCAAGGCAAAGACCACCUCCAACUCUACGCUGCCCCAGAUGUCCGCAACACAGGCCACAAAAACCACGGCCACCCACAUUUCCUAGCAAACUACCUCUCAGACACCGAGCAAACAAGUACGGGUCUCCCGCGCGGCCGACUUGUCGGCAUCGUGAAGAGCUUUGACCGCUGGAACACCGGAAUGCGCAACGAAGCCCCCCACAGACGCGUGGAAUACCUCAACGGACUCGCCCACCUCCAGCGCUGCAUGCGCGAGCAUUCCUGUCGCUACGGCUUCAUCAUCACCGAGAUCGAGCUCGUCUGCGUGCGAGCCGGCUGCGAUGCAGGCGAUGAGGUCCCCUAUUUUGGGUACCUGGAGAUCGCGGCGUCAAUUCCGCUCAAGACAGCCACUGGGAGGAGGGCACAUCCGCGCGACGCACCACUCGCAACGCCCGUCAGCGCGCGCUCUUUCUCGUCCUCGUCCUCGUCCUGCUCGUCAUUCCCCUUGAGUCAGGACUCCUCGGACCCAGAGCCAGCUGAGGACGCAUUGCCAGCUAUGACGGCGGGGUUGGGGUUGUAUUUCUUGUUAAUGCUUUCGAAGUCGGUUCCACUUCCACAUCAGCCUUCUGCUCACCUUAACGUUGGCGGACCUGGUGCGAUGACUCGUCAGAGGAUUCUGGUGGAAGCGAAGGACAAGUGGAUCCCUGAGCCGCAGAUUGGGGAGAAAAGAGAUGCUAAGAGGGUGAGGGGGUGGGUUUGGCCUUUGGAUCCUUGGCAUCGGAGGGAGGGAGGUGCGUCUAGGGGGAAGGCUGGGACGAAGACGAAAAAGUGGCAUAAAUGA